AAAAAAAGAAAAAAAAGAUGCAAAACGAGCUUCUCGACGAUCCAAUGGACACCGGAGCGCCGGCCGCUGAAGCCGCCGCUGCCGAUGAGCCGCUGCCACCAGCGCACGGAAUCGAUCGAGAAGUGACUCCAAAACCAGCAGGAAAUCCGGAUUUAAUGCAACAAUCUCUGGAUAAUCCGGCAAUUCCGAUGCAUUUGAUCGAGAAACGUGAUGAUCGUCGGGAAUCUUGUGAUGAUGGUUAUUCGCUUACAGUUAACGAAUCGGCAAUUGAUAUUGAAUCAUUGGCGUGUUCUUAUGAUUCUAAUGCCUUUUUUCUGAGAGCCCGAUUCAUCGCGAGACACUGUCCAAUUCUUCGUGCUGAUGCUUAUAUUUCAUUGAUUAAUUAUUUAAAGGAACAUACCACGGAUAUCACUCAUUAUGUGGCAUUUUUCAACGAACUCGAGUCGGAAUUGGCUCGAAAAGAGUUCAAAAAUCGUCAAUUGAAUUUUCAAAUUCCGUUGCGAGACCAAAAAUGGAUUGAAGAGAACGGAGCCACGUGGCAGAGCACAACAGAUCAAUUACAAGCAGAAUAUAAACGACAUAAAGAUGAAGGAGUUAAAGAAUCAACGAGAAGAGCUAUGGAAGACCUUUUUCAACAUUAUAUGAUGGCUGGAAAAAUUGAUGAAGCAAUUCGACUUUAUUCGAGAGGAAUUCGUGAUUAUUGUACACAGCUGAAGCAUUCUAUUAAUAUGUGGAUCAACUGGAUGGAAGUUGCAAUUUGUGCAAAUGAUUGGGGAAAGUUGGAUACUGUAACAAAUACUGCUUAUAGAUCAUUGAAAGAUGCAGAUGACGCUGAAAAGAACAGUCAACAAUCCCAGCAAGCUCCACCACAACGUGGUGAAAAUGCUCCAUAUAUGGUUGAACGUGAUCCAAAUGCUCCAAUUCAAACUCUAACAAAUCGUCAGUUAAUUGAGACGGCUUUAGCCAAAUGUCUAGCUGCUCAAGUCUUGCUGAAGCUUCGAAAUAAGCGUUAUAGUCAAGUUGUCGAAACAAUUCUUCAAAUAAAAACCGAAUGCCUUCAAUCGAAAUGGUUUGUGACGUCAUCGGAUCUCGGAAUCUAUGGAAUGCUCUCUGCGAUGGCUACAAUGAGCCGAGCGGACUUGAAGCUUCAAGUUUCUGGAAAUGGAACAUUCCGGAAGCUUCUGGAAUCUGAGCCACAGCUCAUUGAGCUUCUCGGAUCGUAUACAUCAAGCCGAUUCGGUCGAUGCUUUGAGAUUAUGAGAUCGGUGAAGCCUCGGCUUCUUCUCGAUCCAUUUAUCUCUAGAAAUGUCGAUGAACUUUUCGAGAAAAUUCGGCAGAAAUGUGUUCUCCAAUACCUUCAACCGUAUUCUACGAUUAAAAUGGCAACGAUGGCUGAAGCUGUUGGAAUGAGCUCGGCGGAACUUCAGUUAUCGCUGUUAGAGCUCAUUGAGCAGAAGCAUGUCUCGUUGAAAAUUGAUCAAAACGAGGGAAUUGUGAGGAUUUUGGAUGAACGGGAUGAGAAUGCUAUUUUGAAAAGAGUAAACGUCACUUGUGAUCGGGCAACUCAAAAAGCCAAAUCACUUUUAUGGAAAACUACACUUGCCGGAGCAAAUAUUCACUCAAUUUCCGACAAAGAAACCCGUCCAAAACGUAAAAAUCAAAAGGAAUCGGCGAAAUUCGAUCGGAAUUUUGGUGGAAUUGAUGUGGAUGAAGAUCCGAGAGGAAUUGCUGGACCAUCUGGAUUAUCUGAUGAUUUUAAUAUUGCUUAUGAUCAACAGCCACAGCAACAAGUGCAAUAUUUGGAAGAUUUGGGAGAUAUUUAAAUUUUUUCUCGUUUUUUUUUUGUUGUAAAAAUCACACGACUCCACCACUAUCAUGAAUCUUAUUUAUUUUG